AUGGCAGAAUCAGAACAGGACCAACAAUUGCCUGAGGCUCCCUUUCCCGCACCUCCACCUUUCUGGAGGCAUUUCACUGUAGCCAAUGAGGAGGAGCUCAGAAAGAUCGAAUCAUCCUCGUCCGCCGACGAACCGAAGCCAAAGCUGCCCCUUCACCUGGCAUACCUGCGACCUCCACCUCCACCACCGCCCUCAGCAGAGUACUACACGACUUUUGGCCAGAAACAGGUCACGGAUCCGACGAAACCCUCAUCUUUGCCCACCGAGCAACUUCUCUUUAACCCAGACGAUCCAAACCUCAAUCAUGCAGUGCUCCUCAGCCGCCUCACGAAAUCUCUGUUGCUGAACUUCCUCGAACUCACAAGUAUUCUGUCGCUGGACCCAACCAAGCACGAAGAAAAGAUGGAAGACAUUCGGCAACUUCUGUUGAACAUCCACGUGGUCAUCAAUAUUUAUCGGCCCCAUCAAGCACGGGAGAGCGUCAAGGAAAUGCUGCAAGGGAUGUUGGAAGACGGACAAAGAGAGAUUGACGAGUGCGACAAGCUGAAGCAGAGAAUCGACGACUUUCUGGCAGAUGUGGGCAAGCUUGGGACAUCGGAUGUUCCGGACGCAGCCAAGGGAGAUCCUGCCACGACGAAGGCCUUUCACGACCAGAUCAUGGAGAAGCAGCGGAAGCUGUGGAAAAUGAUACAAGAAAUGACCUGA